AUGGAGUUCCACAGCGCCGACAGCUCUCAAGAUACCCCAGUAGCUCUGCUGAGAUUCUCGGACACUCGGUGCGGUGACAAGUCCAAUAAGACGAUACCGAUCUGUGGCCAUGAGAUACUCAAGAUUGGACGUCAUGCAGGGUCCAACAACUUUGUCAUCCAGCCCGACCUGAACUACGCCGUCUCACGCAAUCACUGCGAAGUGUACGUGGUGGUCUACGAAGCUGACGUCCACCAUGUCUACGUCCGUGAUCGCAAGUCCGUCAAUGGGACCUACGUGAACGAUUUCCUCAUAGGCUCCGGUGUAGAGCUAUCACAGGGCUACCUUCUACAGCAUGGAGAUGUCAUCGAGAUCAAACCUUUUUCUCGGACAAGCAAGCCCAACCUACGUGGCUUGACUGAUAUCCAGCAACAAGAGGCUCAGUUCUUCGCCCACAAAUACCAAUUAACUGACUACUGUCUUGGCCAAGGAGCUGAAGCAUCAGUGUUUCUGGCCAUCGACGCAUCGACCAAGAAACAGCUGUCAGGCUGGAUGAAUACCGGGGAAGGAAACGCCGAGCAGAUGUUCGACGUAAACUUCAAGGCACCGACAUUCUUCGGCAGCUGCAACAUUGAAUUCUUCACGAGCACUGGCGUCCAGACAUCUGCAGUAGACAUAUGGUCUCUGGGCGUGGUGGCUCUUGCUCUCAUUACGUCAGUUGAAGUCAUCCGUGGCCACCUGAACCUCAUGGGACAGCAGGACCUAGACCGGCGUCUUAUACGUUGCUUUGAGAAUGCGAGCCCGAGGCCUACGUCCAACGCACAGGACUUCAUCGUGAGGUGCCUUCGUGUGGCACCGGAGGAGCGGCUCACAGCCACCGCGGCGGCAUGCCACGACUGGAUGUGCACACCGAGGAAGCACCUGGAGUUCUUCCGACGAUUCGACGAGCGAGUCAUAUCCCACUGGACUCCCCAGAGCCAUCUGAAGCCCAUGCCGUGGGAGCUGCAGAGCCUGAGAGACGCAGCUGCGGAGGAUGAGUACAGGAGCGUUGGCAGAGCGGCCGGUGCUGAACAGCAGGAAGACGACACAUGUGUAGAGACGGCGUCGUCGUACUUUCCCGAGAAGGAAGAUGACGACGAGUUGUCUCUGGUCCCGAUGCCGAUGCGGCCCAAACUGCCCACCCCUAUAUGGGACCAAGCAGAGACACCAGCCACCAGAACCAUUCACUCCAUCGUCGUCGUCUUCUUCUUCUUCUUUCCCUCCCUUCCCACCACCAUCCUGACAUUGACCCUGACGGCCAGCAACACCAACACGCCUCCUCAUCUCAUCCCUCAGUCUCACAAUCUCGUCCACGCUCCUGACGCUCUCCCUCUCUACCCUGAGGACCCUCUCCCUCCUGCGCGCGGCCACGGCCUCGGCGUGGUGGGCCCGUACGGCAGACAGAGCGCGGUUCCUGUCCCUCUGCUCGGCCCGGUGACCGGCCAGGAUGGCGGACCGCUUCUCAGCUGCGACCGAGGCGGCUUCCUGUUCGGCGCGGCGGCGGGUCAGCGCCUCAGAGACCAUGUCGUCGUGUAG